CAAUGUUGCGCGCGAUAGUUUGACUUGUGUUUUGUGCUGUGCGGUGUGAGUGUGCCGUGAGCGGUCAUGCUGUGUUCUUUAUAAUCUCAACAACAUACUUCUAGCCUUCGUACAUUAUAUAAAAAUGUUGAUUCAGUUUACUUAAUCUAAAUUAAAAGUAAAUAAAACGAAGGAUUGGUACGAAAAAGUAUUGGAUUGAAAACAGAAGAGAGAACAAGAUAAAGAGAUGGACGUGAAAAACGAUGAUAUUGAACUUAGCGUGCAGGGAACAAGCAAGCCAAGUGACGUCGCGAUCAAAUCCAAUUUGCCGGAGCGAGAAUCCUGGGCCAGCAAGCUAGACUUCAUCCUUUCUGUAGUUGGCUUGGCCAUUGGACUUGGUAACGUUUGGCGUUUCCCUUACCUCUGUUACAAGAAUGGCGGGGGAGCCUUCCUCAUUCCUUACUUCCUUACACUCUUCCUCGCUGGUAUACCGAUGUUUUUCAUGGAACUGGCCAUGGGACAAAUGCUGACGAUUGGAGGCCUCGGCGUUUUUAAGAUCGCCCCGAUUUUUAAAGGCAUUGGCUACGCUGCAGCCGUGAUGUCUUGUUGGAUGAAUGUUUACUACAUCGUAAUUCUGGCCUGGGCUAUAUUUUACUUCUUCAUGUCGAUGCGCUCAGAUGUUCCAUGGCGUAAUUGCGACAAUUACUGGAACACACCGAGUUGCGUGAACCCUUACGAUCGUAAGAACCUGACUUGCUGGUCUAGCAAGGAUAUGUCGACUUAUUGCAUCCUCAACGGCAAGAACUUCACCAAAGCUAUGCUCUCUGAUCCGGUCAAGGAAUUUUGGGAACGCCGCGCCCUACAGAUUUCAUCAGGCAUCGAGCAUAUUGGCAACAUCCGCUGGGAAUUAGCCGGGACCUUGCUUCUCGUUUGGGUUCUGUGUUACUUCUGCAUUUGGAAAGGAGUGAGAUGGACAGGCAAAGUUGUUUACUUUACUGCACUGUUUCCAUACUUUUUGCUUACCGUGCUGUUAAUUAGAGGUAUAACGUUACCGGGAGCCUUGGAAGGGAUAAAGUUCUACGUGAUGCCAAACAUGUCCAAGCUACUGGAGUCUGAAGUAUGGAUUGACGCUGUCACUCAAAUCUUUUUCUCGUACGGACUAGGCCUCGGCACUUUAGUAGCUCUUGGUAGCUACAACAAGUUCACGAACAAUGUUUACAAGGACGCUCUGAUAGUCUGCUCUGUUAACUCCAGUACGUCAAUGUUUGCUGGUUUCGUCAUCUUUUCUGUGGUUGGCUUUAUGGCGCAUGAACAGCAGCGUCCUGUGGCUGAAGUCGCCGCUUCUGGUCCGGGCUUGGCAUUUCUGGCGUACCCAUCAGCCGUCCUUCAGUUGCCAGGUGCACCGCUCUGGUCUUGCCUGUUCUUCUUCAUGUUACUCCUCAUUGGCUUGGACAGCCAGUUCUGCACCAUGGAAGGCUUCGUGACCGCCGUCAUCGACGAAUGGCCUAAACUCUUGAGAAGGCGAAAGGAAGUGUUCAUUGCAAUUACUUGCGUUAUUUCUUAUCUGGUCGGAUUGUCUUGUAUCUCUGAAGGUGGCAUGUACGUUUUUCAAAUCCUCGACUCGUACGCUGUCUCUGGUUUCUGUCUGCUGUUCCUCAUUUUCUUUGAGUGCGUCUCCAUCUCGUGGGCCUUCGGUGUUAACCGUUUCUAUGACGGGAUCAAGGAAAUGAUCGGAUACUACCCAAUGAUUUGGUGGAAGUUCUGCUGGGUUGGAUUCACUCCUGCCAUUUGCAUUAGCGUUUUCAUCUUCAAUCUCGUGCAGUGGACUCCAAUCAAAUACAUGAAUUACGAAUACCCCUGGUGGUCCCACGCAUUUGGAUGGUUUACCGCUUUAUCUUCGAUGCUGUGUAUCCCUGGGUACAUGGUAUACCUGUGGCGUGUCACCCCCGGAACCUGGCAUGAGAAAUUCAACACGAUCGUACGCAUUCCCGAAGACGUGCCAUCUCUACGAACAAAGAUGCAAGCUGAAGAACAAGCAAAACAUGGCAAAGCCUAG